AUGGGAAAAUGGAAUCAUCGUCCUCGGUUCUUCUCCCGUCGUAGAUCUCCCGAUCGUCCUUCUGUUUUCUACGACAUCAAAGCCCCUCUUCCUGAUUUUCGGCACGAUGGAAUACCUUUAUGGGAGAAGAAAUAUUGCACUUUGAGUGGCUGUGUAGCAUGGAAGAAGAUUAUUGAUUCCAAAGAGCUGAUCUAUUGCCACCAAAAUGUGCUUGAUUGGAAGGAUUCAGGUGCCGAAGAAGCAUUUCAAAAUGCCAAAAAACGUUACUGGGCGAAAUUCAAAAACCUUCCCUGUGACAUUUCCCUGCCAGAUCCAGAUGCAUAUAUUGAGCAUGUAGAUUGGAAUCCUUGUAUUGACCCUGAACUGAUCAUGGAAAUUGAUAAUGCACACUUUAGUAUCCCCGAUGAAGAAGAACAAGAUGGAGAAGAACAAGAGAAUGCCAUAAAAAAUAAAAGAACAAAGAUUUCAGUUGAUGGUGAAGAUCCUUGGGAAUCUGCUGCAAAAUCUCUUGGCAGAACUGUAGAAAAUAUUGAAGUCCAAGGACAAAACCAGGGGGAUUAUCAUGAUAAUUCUGAAAAUGUGAUUACUACGAACGAUCCUUGGGAAUCUGCUGCAAAAUCUCUUGGCAGAACUGUAGAAAAUAAUAAAGUCCAAGGACAAAACCAGGGGGAUUAUCAUGAUAAUUCUGAAAAUGUGAUUACUACAAACGAUCCCUGGCAGAGUAACUUCUUUCAUGGAAAUCAAAGACUAACUGACAAUGCUUGGGAAGGUGGUCAUGAUAAGUCUUGGGGUUGGAACGACGGAGGAUGGAGCAACUCCAGGGAUAGUUCUUGGUGCCAGCAACAACCAAAUAAUUUGGCUAAUAUUGGAAACUCUUGGGAAUACAAUUCUAGCAAACAAAAUGUAAUUCCAAUGAACACAGGAUGGGGAACCAGUGGCACAAAUGUAUCAAGAUGGAAGCAACAGGAAAAAGCUUAUGUUUCAAGCGACUCGCAAUUUAGAAGGAACAAUGGAGGAGGUUGGACGGGUGGUAAUCAGGGUUACCAAAUGAGGGAAGGCUCUAAUAGACACAAUUCAGGAUAUAAUGGAUCUCAAUUUCAAAGGGGUGAUAGUCAAACAGGCCAUUACUGGAAGAGAGAGCAAAGUCGAAAAAGGGAUUUUCGCGCUCGAUAG